AUGCCUGUGAAGUUUAACUAUACAAAAUUUACUGAUUUGGUGCAUCACAUGGAUGACAGGAAUAAAUCAGUUGGCGUUGUGAUUGCUGCAUUAGACAGGAAGACAUUGAAUAGAAACACAAAAGAAUUAAAUGUUCAAAAGUUUGUCGUUCUUGAUGAAGAAUGUCAAACCGUAUUGCUGUCUUUAUGGGAUGACUUUCUUACUAAUGAAGGACAACAGCUACUGUCUAACCUCCACAGCUAUCCUGUCAUUAUUGCACGUCGAAUUAAAGUCAAUAAUUACAAUGGUGUUGCAUUGGGUACUUGGUUUGAUUCUGUCAUACUUGUUGAUCCGCCUGUACAGGAAGCAAGAGAACUGAAGAACUGGUAUAUUGCACUUAGAAAUUCUAAAAUGAUUGCAGAUGUUCUUGAUAAAAGAGACUACAUGAAGUAUAAUCCUGCAAUUUCUCUCAGAGUUGAUCAGAAAGCUACCUUAAUUUGCAAUGUUAACCCAUCACAGAAGACAACUUGGCAGCAGAUUAUGAAGUUGAAUUUACUUGCAACUCGUGCUAGGAGAAGCAACCAGCUAUGUUGCUUUGAUGUUGAUUUAGUUGAUGACAGUGGAGCUAUACCAGCUUCCAUAUUUGGAGAACUAGCUGAGAAGCUUUUAACAUUCACCUCCAUUGAAGCAAUGCAGCAUUUUAAUGAGAAUGUUGAGCUCCCUCUUGACCUUGUUCAUGAACAACUGAAAUCAAAGACUUUUCUGAUUCAUAUAAAACCAAUCCAAGCACAGCUAGCAGACGCUAGGCAACGUUACACAGUUAUAUAUUACUAUGAAGCUGAUCAUGCUACCAGUUCAGUUCAGGUAGUAAGCGAGACAAAAAAUGAUUUGCCACUGCUUAAUGACCAGUCCCCAACACUGGAACUAGCUGAUACAGGUUUCAAGUGCUGGCACACUGAAGCUAUGUCUACUACUGAUGGUGAGAGUAAUCCAAGUUGCAAUGAGCUGGAACAAGAAGGAUCAUCUGGAACUCUUCCUCCUAGUCCUACUACACAAAGCUGCGAAGAAUCUGGUUUUGCCAAGAAAAGAUGA